GAGAUGCGCAACGUGCCCAACAUACUGAUUGUGAGCCUCUCACUGGGAGAUUUCCUGCUCAUCCUGGUCUCAGUUCCAGUGACCUCAUUCCUGUACACCUUCAUCCACUGGCCGUUUGGGACCAAGAUUUGUAAACUGAACGAGUACAUACAUACGCUGUCCCUGGGAGUGUCCGUGUUUACACUGACCGCUCUCAGCGCUGACCGCUACGUGGCUAUUGUCCAGCCGAUGGCUAAACUAACGUUCUGCUCUCGAAGAGCUACCAUUGGCGUGGCUUUAGCUAUAUGGCUGCUUUCGGCUGUUCUGGCUAUACCUGAUGCUGUUUUUAGUACAGAACACACGGAGGAGAACAUCACUGCGUGCUGGCUGUACCCUAACGAGCCAAGGGGUUUGUACCCAAAGAUCUUUCAUUCAGCGAAACUGAUAGUCUUCUUCAUCAUCCCCGUGCUGACCAUCGGAUUCUUCUACCUCAUGAUGGCUCGGAUGCUGAUUCGAAGCAGCAAAAGCGUCCCGACAGAGUCCAAAACGGGGCAGGCAAACCAGCAUCGUCAGAUCGCCGCCAGAAAGAAGGUUGCUCGGGUGGUGCUCAGCUUCGUCCUCAUCUUCAUCGUCUGCUGGCUUCCGCGCCAUAUAUUCGUCAUGUGGUAUUGGUUCACUGCCGAUCUGUACAACCAGUUCUGGCAUACGUUUAAGAUAACUGCUUUCUGUCUGCAGUUCAUCAACUCGUGUGUCAACCCUUUCGCUCUGUACUUCCUCUCCCGCCAAUUCCGCAUCUAUUACAACAGAUACUUGUUUUGCUGUUGCCGUGGCAUGGUCUACAGCAGUCUCGAACCUUCUUCAACCAUGCAAAACCUGCAUGGUACAACAAGGAGGACUAGUCCCACGACCACUUCGUUAGUUCACUCCCAGUCUAUGUGCUAG